ACAACUCGACUGAGGAGCAAAACUAGACCACAAAAGCCACUGAAAAUGUUGAGCCUGCAUGGAUUCCAGCCUUCCCUCAGCUCAUUCAUGGGAAUGGACUGGCCAGUGCGCAGCCUCUGGCCGGAGAUCACAUCUCUUUACAGACACGGAGAGGAACUGCAGGAGCUGAAGAGCAGCCUGGAGCAGCUGGAGAAACUUCAGCACCAGAUCUUUGAGGAGAUCCAGCAGAUGCCUCCCUCGCAGGAGAUCUACCCAGUCGCCUGCACA